UGGUACUUAAUCACGUAUUUUAAUUGGUUUCUGAUAUAAUAACUUGCCAUCAUGUUGGCCCGUUAUUAACCACGCGCCUCAUACAUUUGUCGUAUAGCAUAAUUUUGAUACAAGCCUUUGGGCUAAUGGCUCUCAGGUAUUUAUUUCUGAUCACACCAUAUCAAGCUCACAUCAAGGUCAAGGUCCACAUGUUACAGUUAUACUGACGUUAAUCAUUUACCACUAACUUACAAUGACUUUGAAAUAACAUGUGAGAUAUCACUCCCAGACUGUGAUAAGAUUUGCUGAUAGGCCGAUCUGUAAGUAGGAGGAACUGAAUGCAUUAUUUUACUAUGGUUGGUGACAUGACGGCUGGAUUUGAAGGCCCAAAGUCAUUACUGUCGAGAAAAAAAUGUAAAGAAUAUCUGUGUUAAGGUAUUUGUCCGGUAAUUAGUCGAUCUGGGGACCGAGAAGAUGCUGACAUGAGUCAGUGUGGAGCGGGACUGCCUUACUACUCACUGGAAAUGAGAAAACAGGUCAAUCUAUUGUAGAAUCGACACGCCUGAGGAGCACGCUGAAGCCUCUUCAACACUGAAGUAAGAUGGCGACACCUAUAAGGACCAGCAGCCCCGGGGUUCAAGGUGAUCCAGGGCCGUUUGAGGGAGAGAGACCAGUCUCUCCUGUAGACAGCAAUGUUUCCAUGAGAAGUGACAGGUCCAAGGAUGAACCUCUCCACUUCAGGAAGGGAGAACCAAGGCCGUUUGAAGAAGACAGACCAGUCUCUCCUGUAGACAGCCUUGUUUCCAUGAGAAGUGACAGGUCCAAGGAUGAACCUCUCCACUUCAGGAAGGGAGAACCGAGGCCGUUUGAAGAAGACAGACCAGUCUCUCCUGUAGACAGCCUUGUUUCCAUGAGAAGUGACAGGUCCAAGGAUGAACCUCUCCACUUCAGGAAGGGAGAACCAAGGCCGUUUGAAGAAGACAGACCAGUCUCUCCUGUAGACAGCCUUGUUUCCAUGAGAAGUGACAGGUCCAAGGAUGAACCUCUCCACUUCAGGAAGGGAGAACCGAGGCCGUUUGAGGGAGAGAGACCAGUCUCUCCUGUAGACAGCAAUGUUUCCAUGAGAAGUGACAGGUCCAAGGAUGAACCUCUCCACUUCAGGAAGGGAGAACCAAGGCCGUUUGAAGAAGACAGACCAGUCUCUCCUGUUGACAGCAAUGUUUCCAUGAGAAGUGACAGGUCCAAGGAUGAACCUCUCCACUUCAGGAAGGGAGAACUGAGCCAUGAUGAGCCUAGAAGACCUCCCAACGCUCCCAAGGAUGAUCCUCUCGACUUCACAUCGGAGCUAAGCACACCCGAUCUGAAUCCAGACACCACUCCGCACAGCAGUGUGGACACCUCCAGCAAAGGCAAAGAUGUCAAACACAAACUGACAGCAGACCUGAAGAAAACAAUACGCCGUCAGCAUGAAGAGGAACUGAGAAAACUUGAACCUGACACAGAACUCUACGAGAUAGGAGAGGAACACAAAGCACAAACCUAUAAUGAUUUAUUUAAAGAUAAGAAAGUGCGAACAGUGCUAAUGAAAGGAGUUCCUCAUGUUGGUAAAACAAUCCAAACCAGGAGGUUCAUGGUAGACUGGGCAGAAGGAAAGUCCAACAAGAACAUAGACUUGAUAGUGUCAUUGAAGUUCAGUAAGCUGAAUUCAGAAAGAAAAAAAGUUCAAAGCAUGAAACAGCUGCUUCGUGAUUCCCUCAAUGAUGAUAAACUCCCAGAAAAUUUGAAGUUUGACAAGUGUAAGAUAGCUUUUGUCCUUGAUGGUUUGGAAGAAUGUGAACUUCCUCUAGACUUUGAAAACAACCAGGACCUGACUGAUAUGGACACGCCAGCCUCGAUGGAUGUGCUGCUAACAAACCUCAUCAAGGGGAAGUUGCUUCCCUCCGCUCGUCUCUGGAUCGUCUCUCAACCUUCAGGAGUUGAUAAGAUUCCCUCUGAAUAUAUUCAGAAACAGACAGAAUGUCGAGAGACAUUGAAGCGACGGCAGCAGCUGGUAUCAGCCCUGAGAAGAAGAUUUUGUCCUAAGAACACUGAAUUUGAAAACAAAGAUCAUCCAAACCAACAAAACACAGAACACAUCAUCAGAGAGGAGAAAAGUAAUGAGGUUGAUAAUGGAGAGAAAAAUCAACAUCCUGUGGCAAAAUCUGUGACACGAGUGAACGCAACAUCUGACAUCUUCAGAGAUACAAACAAAAAAACAAUCAGAACUGUGCUGACUAUCGGAGAAGCUGGAAUUGGAAAAUCCUUCCAUGCACAGAAAUUCAAAACAGAGUGGGCUAAAAAUGACAAAGGAUCAUUUUUAACUUGGGUUUUCAGUUCACUAACAUCCCUUUGGAGCAAAGCUGAUGAAGAAGUGCUAUUUCCACUGAACUUCUCUGAGCUCAGUAAGAUAAAAGAGGAAACAGUCAGUUUGGUGGGACUUCUUGAGCAUUACUUCAAGGAAACAAAGGAGUGUGUGAUUUCUAACUAUGAGCAGUUCAAAGUUGUAUUUGUCUUGGAUGGACUGGAUGAUUAUCACCAUCCUCUCGACUUUGACAACAGUAACAUCUUGACUGACCCCAGACAGCCAGCUUCAGUAAAUGUGCUACUGACAAACCUCAUCAGAGGGAAGCUGUUUCCUUCUGCCCGACUCUGGAUAACCUCCCAACCUUCAGCUGCCAAACAGCUGCCUGAUGCAUGUGUCGACAGGACGACAGAAAUAAGAUGUAAGCCUGACAUUGCAAGUCAACAGAAACUCAGAACUCAGCUGAAGGAGCAGUUCACCCAUGUGUCUGAGGGGAUCGAUAAGCAGAAAACCUCUGCCCUUCUGAAUGAGAUCUACACAGAUCUCUACAUCAUAGAGGGUGAGAGGGGAGAGGUCAAUGAACAACAUGAGACCAGACAAGUUCAAGAUGCAAAGUUCAAACCAGAGACACAAGAAACAUUGAUUAAAUAUCAGGACAUCUUCAAACCAGCAUCUGGAGAUAAAAGACCCAUCAGAACUGUGCUAACAAUCGGAGUGGCCGGCAUUGGAAAGUCCUUUGCUACAAUGAAGUACAUGCUGGACUGGGCUGAGGGUUCGGGCAAUGAGGACAUAUUUUAUAUGUUUCCUCUUUCAUUCCGGGAGCUGAAUUUGAAAAAAGAGGAAAAUCUCAGCUUGGAGGAACUUAUAGGCAUCUUUUUUCCAGGCAUGAAGACAUCAGAAAUAACAGAUUAUGACAAGUACAGAAUCCUGAUUGUCCUGGAUGGUUUUGAUGAAUGUCGACUUGAUCUUGACUUCAGUGCAAGUACCUCUCACACAGAUGUUGGAGAGGCAGCCUCAGUGAAUGUUCUGUUGACAAACCUCAUCCAAGGAAAUCUAUUUUCUAAGGCUCAAAUCUGGAUCACCUCGCGACCUGCAGCAUCCAACCGUAUCCCUGCUAGUACAGUUGACCGGGUUACAGAGGUGCGAGGAUUCAGUGAUGAUCAGAAGGAAGAGUACUUCAGGAAGAGAUUCACUGACAAGGAGCUGGCUGAGGAAGUGUUGUCACAUGUGAAACAGUCAAGAAGUAUUUAUAUCAUGUGUCACAUCCCUGUCUUCUGUUGGAUCACGUCAAAAGUCCUGGAGGACUUUGUGAACAGAGAACAAAAAGGAAUGAUGCCCAAGUCUCUGACUGACAUGUACAUAUACUUCCUUUUGCUACAAUGCAGACAGGCAAAUGUGAAGUAUGGUGGAGAUGACACAGGUGAGAGGGCUGAGACAGAUUCAUGCUGGAAUCAAAAGAACCAAGAAACAAUAAUUUCUCUUGGGAAACUGGCUUUCGAGAGCCUCAAGGGAGGAAACCUUCUCUUCACUGAAGAAGACUUGACAGCGUGCGGUCUUGACAUCACUGAGGCUGCAGUUUUCUCUGGAUUAUUCACGCAGAUCAAACGUGAAGGCUGCGGAGUGAGCGAACAGAAACUCUUCUGCUUCGUCCAUCUGAGCAUUCAAGAGUUCCUAGCAGCUUUUUAUGUCUCUCACACAUUCAAUAACAAAGAUGAAAAUCUGCUUACCGAACCCCCUUCAAAAGUUGGAGACUUAGACUUCUACAAGACGGCAGUUGACAAGGCUUUGGCGAGCAAACAUGGAGACUGGGAUCUGUUUCUCCGCUUCCUGCUAGGCCUCUCCCUGGAGACUAACCAGAAACUACUGCAAGAGCUGCUGAAAGAGAAAGAAAAUAACAAAGAGAUCAACAAGGAAACUAUUGAGUACAUCAAAGGAAAGAUUAAGGAAGAGAACAGUGACGCUGAUAAAAAGUUCAAUCUCUUCCACUGUCUGAAUGAGCUGAAUGAUCAGUCUCUGGUGGAAGAAGUCAAAGAGUACCUGCGCUCUGAAACAGUCGGAUUUGAAACUUUCUCCACCACCGAGUGGUCGGCUCUGACUUUUGUGCUGCUGACAUCAGAUGAGGAGCUUGAUGUGUUUGAUCUGAAAAAAUACCUGAAAUCAGAGAAAGUUCUUCUAGGAAUGUUGCCAGUGGUCAAAGUCUCCAACACUGCUUUGCUGAGCUGGUGUGAGCUCUCUGAAGAAUCCUGCAGAGGUCUGACGUCCUCCGUCCUCAGCUCAGCAUCCUCUAAUCUCACGGUGCUGGACCUGAGUCAUAACGAUCUGCUGGAUUCAGGUGUGGAGAAACUUGCUGAUGGCCUGAAGAGUCUACACUGCAAACUGGAGGUUCUCAAGUUGUCUGGUUGUCAGGUGUCAGAGAACGGCUGCUCAUUCCUGGCUGAAGCUCUUGAGUCCAAAGCGACCUGCUCCCUGAAACAGCUGGAUCUGAGCUACAAUCACCCAGGAGUCAAUGGGGUGACGACACUCUCUGCUACAGCUCCUUAUCGAAAUAUGAGCCUGCAAAUCUGCUUCGACCACAGUGGAGAGCAUCGGUUAAAGCCAGGCCUGAGGAAGUAUGGUGCAGAUCUGAAGUUUGAUGAAAACACAGCAAGCAAGAGACUUGUCCUGUCUGAAGGAAACAGGACAGUGAAAACCAUAAAGAAGGUGAAGGAGAAGGUGGCGCGACCUGAAAAUGAAGACAGGUUUAAGAGGAGUCAGGUGUUUUGUGAGGAGGGCCUGAAAGGCCUCUGCUACUGGGAGGUGGAGUGGAAAGGAGAGGUUGGCAUCGCAGUGGCGUAUAGAGGAGUGAGUCGAAAAUGGGACAGUAGUGGUGGACUAGGAUGCAAUGACAAGUCCUGGAGUCUGCUCUGCCUUAAGAAAGGAUGGCUUCCUUUGCAUGGGAAGCAAAAAGGUAAACCAAAAUAUAUAGAAGUGCCCCAAUGCAAAAAGAUAGCAUUGCUUCUGGAUUGGGAAGGUGGUACUCUGAAAUAUUACAGUGUCACAUCAGGAGAGCUGAGCCUCAUACACACUUUCAAGGCUAAAUUCACAGAGCCACUCUUCACAGGCUUCUGGUUUAAGAAUGGCUCUGUGACUUUGUGUGAGAUUGACUGAACCCCUUUGCUUCAAGGAAAAGUGUAAUGUAGUGAUCACUGGACGCACCGACUGAUAUUUUUUAAAGCGAGCACAAGCUUACCUGCAUCAUUUCAACGCCACAAUGUUAAACAUAUUGAAAAGAUGCUGUUGUUAGCUGUAAGUCAGUAUGUUAACACAGUGAAGGAAGAAAUGGAGGGAAAGCAAAAUCUCGUCAUUAAGUUACAAAUGUGCUGAAGAAAAUGAUUACACAUCUUUGUAAAAAUGUUAGAUACAAACUUGACCUGUUUUUGAUUUAGUUAACUAUCCUGACUUAAUAAUACGUUUUUAUUAUUUUACUUGUAUGUCCUGUACUGCAGAGAACACCUACCUCCACAGAUAGUCCUCCUUGGCAAGAUGUUUUUUGUGAGCUUUAAGAUUCUGAAUACGCUUUAUGUUUAUUACUCUAUGAAUUUGUUGACUGAAUUGAUGAAAGUAAAGUUCCUUAAAAGUGUCGGAGCUGUAGGGACAAACAUGCUGCAGAGCUAUGAGCACACGUUGACAGGCAGGAGCUAACAAAGGUUGUAUUUUAUGUUAAAACACAUUAAAGUUGGUUUUAAUUGAAAAUGUCACAGAAUAUACAUCUGUAUGCUAACCCACAGUCUGUUAGCAGGGAACCACUGUACUCCUGCCAUAAUGUGAUCAGAGUCACCUGCUGGUCUACUUUAACACGUCUUUUUAUAUUGAAGAGACUUAAGAUUGCAAUAUGUCAACUAAUGUACUCCUGAUGCAGAGAUAUUGAAAAGUUGCAGUUUACUGUCAUUCGUGUUGCUGUGAACAGAUAACAUAAAUAAAGCUUAUUUUUUAAUUUAA